CACCAUUAAAUUGUCCAAAAACCGCACAGCUGGAUACACUCCUUUCGUCAUCUCUCCCUACCUAGCCAUCAGCAACUGGGUAUGGCGUCUAUGGAGAAGUUCACAGCUUUGUUCUUGGUGGCGGCAGUGUUGCAAUGGGGAGGCAGCCAUGCCCAACAACCUUAUAAGCAGUUCGAUUGCAACCACAACGACACCAUCAAAGGCUAUUCUUGCAACAGCUUCCAGGAAUCUUGCCUCUCCUAUGUCACCUUCCGCUCCACCCCUCCCUAUGACUCUGCCGAUACCAUAGCUUCCCUCUUAGGGGCCGAUGCUAAUCUUAUCACCUCCCUUAACAUGUUCCCCUCCAAAACCACCACUAUCCCUUUCAACGAGCUGGUGUUUGUGCCCGUCAAUUGCUACUGCUCUGGCAACUACUACCAGCACAACUCCUCGUACGUCCUUAAUUGGUCUGAUACUUAUUUCGUGGUCUCCAACUACACUUACCAGGGUCUCGCCUCUUGUGACGCUAUUCAGGCUCAGAACCCUUUUGACCCGUGGAAUCUCACGGUGGGCGCUCACCUGCUUAUUCCACUCCUAUGUGCCUGUCCGACUUAUUACCAGAAAGCCAGCGGUUUAAAUUACUUGCUCACCUACACACCCAACUUGGGGGAUAACAUUUCUGCAAUUGCUAAGAAAUUUGGCGCUGAUGAGAAAAGCGUGAUGGCUGACAACGAGCUCUCAAAUGCUAAUGAUCUAGUUGCAUUCAGGCCAAUUCUGAUUGCAAUAAAUAAGCUUAACAUCCCAGCUCUUGAAACAAAUCCCUCUCCUCCGAGAAGAAGAAAGAAGAGAACAGGAUUAAUAGCUGGAUCAAUUAUUGUGGCAUGUGUUUUGUUUUCUGGCGUAGGUUUCGUUCUGUUCUUUCUUUGGAGAAAGGGGAAAGGAAGUAGAUUGGGUGAACUUGCCUUAAACGCGUCCUUCGAUGAUGAAUUUGGGAAUGGCAUGGGAGCUAGAGAGUUCUCCUAUAAUGAAUUGUCUAAAGCAACAAAGAAUUUUGUUGAAGAAGAGAAAUUAGGAGAGGGAGGGUUUGGAUCAGUUUAUAAAGGUUUCUUGCGGAGUUCAAAUAUCGAUGUUGCAGUUAAGAGGAUUUCAAGGAGAUCUAAACAAGGGAUCAAGGAGUAUACAUCGGAAGUGAAGAUUAUUAGCCAAUUGAGGCACAAGAAUUUAGUUAAGCUUAUUGGUUGGUGCCAUGAAAAAGAACUCCUACUCGUCUACGAGUUCAUGCCUAAUGGCAGCUUAGAUUCUCAUCUCUUUAAAGGAAGAAGUCUAUUGCCAUGGAAUCUUAGAUUCCAAAUCGUGCAGGGCUUGGCAUCUGCAUUGUUGUAUUUGCAUGAGUUUGGAGAAUUUUGUGUGCUGCAUAGGGAUAUUAAAGCAAACAACAUCAUGUUGGAUUUGGCUUUCAAUGCUAAACUUGGUGAUUUUGGAUUAGCCAGAUUAGUUGACCAUAAAAAAGGAUCACGAACAACUCUAUUGGCUGGAACCAUCGGUUACAUAGCUCCUGAAUGUCAUAGAACAGGCAAGACAAGCAAGGAAUCAGAUGUCUACAGUUUUGGAGUUGUGGCACUUGAAAUUGCAUGUGGAAGAAGAUCAAUAGAACCUAGAUAUGAUGAGGAUCAGGCUUCGUUGGUGACUUGGGUGUGGAAAGCUUAUGGCAGAGAAAGGCUUCUUGAUGUGGUUGACAGGAAACUCUCUGAAGAUUUUGAUAUGAGAGAGAUGGAAUGUUUGUUAAUUGUUGGCUUAUGGUGCGUGCAUCCUAUACAUAGUAUGAGACCAUCAAUCAAGCAAGCAAUGCAUGUGCUUAAUUUUGAGGCAGCAUUGCCAAAUCUUCCAAGUGAGAUGCCUAUUCCCAAGUAUGAUAUUCCUAAUACCCCAAUCAUCAGGACAAGUGAGCCAUGUUCGCCCAACAUGAGUAUUACUAUACCUCGCUAAUUUUCAUAACAUGCCUGCAAAAAAUUGUUUUGAGUAAUAAAUUAGUCUAAUUACUUUUUGGAAUUUAGUAUAUUUUUUUCUUAUUACUUUGAUUUUCAUAUAAUAUGCUUGUGCAUUUCUGAGAAAUAAUUGUUCUACAUUUUC